AUGUUGGGCAGAGUUCGCUCAGCUAUGGCGCAACUAGUCGGGGGUCUCGGAGGCGGAGGAAGCCCCCGCAGUCCGCAGUCCGCCUCGCCCGCCGCCGGCGCCUCAACCGCGGCGUCCCCGCCUGUUCGGUCCGAGGCUGUCGGGCCCAGCGUUGCCGCCCCCGCUGCCGCCUCCACCACCUCCGUUACCACCGCGAGCAGCUCCUGCCGCGAGGCGCCCGGCGGCAGUUUCUCGAGGCCGGCUUUUCUGCAGCUCACGCCAGAGGAACUUCUGCUGGCCGAUGACCACACGGGCAGAGCCAUCCAGAGCCCCCGCGAGAGUCGCCGUCGCCUGCCCUGGAGCACCGGCUACGCCGAAGUGAUAAAUGCUGGUAAAAGCCAGCAUAAUGAGGAUCAAGCUUGUUGUGAAGCCGUCCUUGUGGAAAAAAGAAACAGCCUGAGAAAUAACCCAGGUUCCAAGGGAAUCUCUGGAGAAUCAGAAGGCAGCAAAGGUCUGUAUUUUUACUACUGGGGUUUGUUUGAUGGACAUGCUGGAAGUGGAGCUGCAAUUAUGGCAUCCAAAUUGCUUCAUUUCCAUAUUCGUGACCAACUCCGAGACUUGGUGGAUAUCUUACAAGGUUCUUCUCCUCCACCAAUUUGCCUACAAGAGAGACCCAGGACAGUUCUCACCGAACCAAACAAAGCUCCUCUGGCAGAAGAAGACAGAGAGGUCCCAAACAAUGCCUUGCCACGCUUCCAUAUGGAAAAGAUGGUUUUCCAUGAAAGUUUAGUAGUGGGAGCCAUUGAAAAUGCAUUCAAGCAGAUGGACAAUCAAAUUGAGCAAGAACGGGUAACCAGGCAGGCAACAGGAGGCUGCUGUGCCCUGGCUGUGGUUUAUCUUCUGGGGAAGUUUUAUGUGGCCAACGCUGGUGAUAGUAGGGCCAUUGUCAUCCGUAAUGGGGAAAUCAUUCCAAUGUCCAGGGAGUUUACUCCAGAGACAGAGAGGCAAAGGCUACAGUUUUUAGGCUAUUUGAGGCCUGAAUUACUGGGAAAUGAGUUUACUUACCUUGAGUUUCCUCGAAGGAUCCAGCAGAAGGAAGUGGGAAAGAAGAUGUUAUAUAGGGACCAAAACAUGAACGGCUGGGCAUAUAAAAGGAUAGAAGAAGAUGACCUGAAGUUUCCACUUGUGUAUGGAGAAGGGAAAAAA